UCCGAAUUCCGGUCCUAAAUCACAAUCUGCUGUCCCAGUAAUGCACGAAGAGCGAAAAGAAGAAAUCCUGGCGGAGUUACUUGUAGUUAUUCGUCAAGGAUUUUCACUGUAGAUUUAACCUUUCAAACUCAGAGGGAUUUGGAUGUUUAUCUUGUUUGGAAAUGAGGACUCGUUAGAAAGAGGAGGGAGAGGAGGGAGGAAGAAGCGUGCUCCUGAUUGGCAGGAGAGAUUUUGAGGAGCUGUUCGUGUUGGAGCUGAACAGGAACCGCAAGUAUUGAGCAAAGUUCGGUUUUGGGUUGUUUCUUCGAGGAUUUGCAGAGAGGUAGUUUGAUUUCUUGAAUUCGGAGGGUUGAGGAAUGGCAGCGACACUCCUCUCAGGAGCGCUGUCGUUCCAUGUGGGGGUGCAGCGACAGUCGUCCCGUCAGGAAUGUCAAGGGGACUUGGCUAUGGCGCGGACGUUAGCAAGUGGGACUGUCAGUGGGUCAUACCGGGCUAGCUCUCUGUCUUCGUCGUCUCCUUGUGUGGCAGAAAUUGCUCUUUCGGCACAGUUGCGGACAGGUUUAUCAGCUAUGUUGGGUGGAGGGAAAACGAGCUUCAGGGGUCUUAUCGCUUCACCACAACUCUACAGCUGCUUGCCAUUAUUUUUAUCAACAGAUAACGUUUUUAGACAACACAUUAGGGGUGACUUGUUGCAGCGAAGUAGGAACAGAGGGCGCAGCAUUCGCGUUGACUCCUUGAAGGAUAGCCAGCGAGAGAUAGUGCAUGAAACGGAUGAACAAUCGAAACAAAUAGAAUUGGGUUUGCCACUCUCUGCGAACGAGAAUGGAAAUAGUGAAUCGAAGGAAGCACACUCCUCAGAAUCUCCCGAGGAGGUAAUAGAUUUCCUCGCAGCCAAGGCCGACGAAGAGGAUGUCAGUUUGAAGGAAGAGGUGAAGGCUGAGGAGGAUGAGGAGGGCAUGUCAGGAACGAUUAAAGGCACAAUCAUAGCGACCGUUCUGCUGCUCGCUUUCGUGGGAGCUUUCGGAGUCCUCGGGGUUGUAUACAAGGAACAAAUAAAUGAUAUCCUCACGCAAUUUUCGGAUUUUCUCGAGGGUUAUGGACCUGCUGGAUACGCCCUUUUUAUUGUUGCCUAUGCUGGUUUAGAGGUGCUUGCUAUUCCAGCUGUUCCUUUGACAAUGUCAGCAGGAUUGCUGUUUGGCACAUUAUACGGGACAAUCCUGGUUUCGAUAGCAGGCACGCUGGCAGCAACAGUUGCAUUUCUGGUUGCGCGUUAUUUCGCAAGAGAUCGUAUUCUUAAACUAGCGCAGAAUAAUCCAAAAUUUUUGGCAAUUGACAAGGCUAUUGGAGCAGAUGGAUUCCGGGUGGUCACUCUACUGCGACUCAGCCCCCUGCUCCCUUUCUCUCUUGGAAACUACCUCUAUGGUCUAACUUCCGUCGAGUUAGUUCCUUAUGUGCUUGGAAGCUGGUUGGGUAUGCUGCCUGGGACAUGGGCAUAUGUAAGCGCAGGUGCCAUUGGAAGGGCUUUUAUUAAACAAGAGGCAGAUGCCGUUUUUCCAGGCGGUCCAGAGAGCUACUGGACACUAGGAAUUGGGUUCGUGGCGACCAUUUUUGCAGCAUCUUACGUUGGUAGAUUGGCCAAGAACGCGAUGAAGGACAUCGAAAACGACACCCAGAAAUGAUUUUCUGCGAAGAUCUGUAGGGCAUGUCUCUGCUUAAGCACAGUGGAGAUUUCUGAAACGAACUUCAGGUAAAAGUUUAUAUCAAUAGUUUAGAGUCAAUGCUGUGGAAGUUGAUAUGGGUAGAAAGAGUCUGAGUGUACAUAAUUCCAUUCCUGAUUCUCUUCAAAUGUGAAACUUAAAACGAAAUGGUGGAAAUAGAAGCUUUCAAGGAAGUGAUCAUUGUCUGUACCAUUCUGCUUAACUUUGUAUUAUGAUUUCAAUCUUUUGCACGCUA